AUGUCUGGAAAAUAUAAAGGUGUCCAAGCGGAAAUUAAAAAAAGGAAUAAACUUGCCCAUUAUGUCCCAUGUGCAGCUCAUUCACUAAAUAUAGUUGGAGAAUCUAGCGUCGAUGAAUGUGUAGAAGCUACAAGUUUUUUUGGCUAUUUACAGAAAUUAUAUGCAUUUUUUGUUGCAUCGACUCAUCGCUGGGAAAUUUUAAUUGAAAAUAUCAAUAAAAAAAAUGAAGAAAUUGGUACACAUAGGGCUGUAUUAGUUGUAAAGUCACUUUCUGCGACAAGGUGGUCCUGUCGCGAGCAAGCAGUAAAAUCUCUUGUCAGCAAUUAUGAUGGUAUUUUUAAUGCUUUGAAACAAUUGGCCGAAAACCCAUUAGAAAAAAAAGAUACCAAAGAUGAGGCAUUUUCCUUAAAGAAAAAAAUGAUAAGACUUGAAAACGCGUUUAUGGCUAUUUUUUGGAAUCAAGUAUUGGAGCGAUUUGAUGCCACAAGUAAGUACCUACAAAAACCUGGUCUUGAUGUCAUAACAGGACAUACAAUGUUAGUGUCAUUACUACAGUUUGUUUGCGACUUCCGAGGUCAAUUCGAAUCCUUAGAGGAAAAGGCCAAAGCUAUGUCUUCCAUUUUGAAUACGUCAUACCAAGAUGGAUAUCAACGUAGGGGCAUCAAAAAAUUAGCCGACGGCUCAACAGAAAUACCACGACAAGGUUCAGACAAAUUUCGCAUUGAAUCAUACCUACCCAUGAUAGAUAAAAUAAUAUCUGAGCUUGAAAAACGAAACAAAGCUUACAAAGAAGUAAGCGAUAUUUUUGGUUUCUUUAGUCGGUUAUCCAUCCUUUCUUCCGAAGAGAUAAUUACCAAGGCUAGAAACCUAAUUCUCCAAUAUUCCGACGAUUUAGAAGACAACUUGGUUCAAGAACUUCUUCAGUUUUCUGCAUUUUUAAAAACUUUAAAUUUAAAUAAUGAAUCUAGCUCUAGUGUUCCUUUUCUUUUAAACCUUCUUAUUGAAAGAGAUUUGUUAGAAGUAUUUCCGGAGAUUUUUAUAGCUUUAAGAAUUUAUUUAUGCAUUCCAAUAACCAAUUGUGAAACUGAAAGAUCAUUUUCAAAACUCUCAUUUAUAAAAAACAAAUACAGAACUACUAUGGGCGAAGCCAGAUUAGCCCAUUUAGCUUUAAUGAGUAUUGAGAAUGAACUUUUGUCUUCAUUAAAUUUUGAUGAUAUUAUUGAAGACUUUUCUACUUUGAAAGCUCGAAAAAAAGCAUUGUAA